AUGCUGCCGGCGGCCGAAUCAUACGAUGCUUCGUACGACUCCCCCGAUCUUCCUGAACAGCCUGGAAGUUCGAACCAGCUUGAUCUGAAUUUCGAGGGAAUGCAGUUGGAAGGGGUUCCGAAGCGUCGACCUCUCACCGGCGAGGAGUACGAUCCGCUCCAAAUUCGCCGCCUUAAUCUUAGCAAGAAUAACCUAGUGCAUGUUGCUUGCCUUCCUGCUUUCGCAAACCUGGUCAGCCUCGAUGUAUCCAACAAUGGUCUGUCAUUCUUUCCGGAAGACAUCGGCAAAAUGGUCCAUCUUCGAAAUCUCGUCGCUCGUAAUAAUCUCAUCGAAGAGUUGCCGAAAUCCAUGACUAAUUUGGAGAAUAUGGAAACAUUGUACCUUUCUGGGAAUCGUUUCGAAACCGUUCCUCCGGUGUUGUUCAGUAUGCACCGUUUGCGUGUGUUACACUUAGGUGGCAACAGAAUCGAAAACGUACCGUAUGCCAUUGGAACUUUGCUGAGAUUGGAGAUUCUGUACCUUGGGGGAAAUCUUCUCAAGGAGGUGCCAGCAACAAUUGGGCGCCUUCAGCGAUUAUCCUCGCUAUCGCUUUGCGACAACCAACUGGAGACUAUCCCUUCAACGUUUGGUGAACUAAGGAACCUCGAAAGUCUUUCACUGCACAAUAAUGUGCUGAAGACGCUACCUACAGAGAUUGUCAAAUUGAGAAAUUUGCAACAGCUUAGUCUUCGCAAUAACCCAUUAGUGCAUCAUUUCGUCCACAACAUGCAACUGGAACCCCCGAAACUUAAGGAACUAGCCGGUCGUAUUGUACGACUGAAAAUGUCGCGACUGCCAAUCAAGGAAGUGUUGCCAAGGGAGCUAAUUGCCUACCUGAACUCAGCCAAUCAAUGUGUGAAUCCGAAGUGCAAAGGGGUGUACUUUGAAGCAUGCGUUGAACAUGUGAAAUUCGUGGAUUUCUGUGGAAAAUAUCGGGUUCCGUUAUUGCAAUUUUUAUGCUCACCGAAAUGCUCAGCGGCUACUCCAGCCUACGUGUCAUCCGAGAGCUCUUCAGAUAGCGAUGAUGAUGUGCCGAAGAACAUGAAGAUGAAGAAAAUUCUGAGUAUUUCUAAUACAAGCAUAUGCACAUAUUCUGUUCGAGUUACGAUUGCAUUCACAGGAGGUUCAAAUCCGCCAUAUUUUCGCGUUAAUCAUGUGAUCUCUCGAUGUGUGUACACGUUUUACUCGUUCCGUAUCGAUCUGCGAAUAAAGCCGAUUCCGAAGAUCAGGUGGUUGCCGCUCAGACAUCCAUCCGCACGUCCACAUGUUUGUCACGUCAAUUUGCUGACAAAUCAUCGUCAUCGAGGAGAAUGGGAGUUUAUUUGUCAGUCAUUGCACUCAAGAGAACAGACGUACUACAUCACAAGCAGUUAG